AAGAGGAUUGUUCAAUUUUUCGACAGGAAAUAAAUCAGUCUGGUUUUUUAUGUAUAAAAAUGGGAUAUCACAUGUCCUUUAAAGAUCUGAAACACAGAAAGAACCAACCUUUAUAUAAACAAUGGAUGCAAAACCUGAGAAUGAUUGGCAAGUUCAGGGCAGUGAUGAAGAAAAAUAUGACCCAGGGAAAAAAGGAAAUGGGGCAUGGUGCCCUCUUGCAGAGGAUAUUAUAAAACUAUAUGAAGCGUUGGCUAAAGAGAAAGUUUUAAAAUUGCAAUGGAAAUGUCCUGGAAGACAUUUACCAAAAGCAGAGAAAUCACAAGAAGAUGUGGAAAUGAAGGAAGAUGUGAAACCAGAGCCAGUUGAGCAACCCAAGGAGGACUCAAAACAAGUGCAGUCAACAGAAUUUGAUUUUGAUGAUGAUGACAUAGGAACAACACCAAAAGUCACACCGCAGCGACUACCUGGCAAUAGAACCCCAAGAACCCAGAAAAAAGUAGCAACUAUGGAUAAGAUCCUUCAGGAUGUAAUGAAGCAAAGAAUACAAAACUCAGCUGACCGGGAUGCAAAGCGUAGAUUUCAGCGGUCACCCCGAACCCCAGGGUCCACCCCUGUUAAACCGUCCUCUGGGUCCUCAAACAACAGUCCCUCAAAAGUCUCUACAGAGACAUCCUCAACAACUGCUGUUGGGACAAGUUCAAGUUCUAUGGUCACUCCUGUGACGAAUACUGAGAAUUCUGAGAUAAAACCGCAGGAAAUGGAGACUGCAUCCUCAACCGAAUCUCAAAAUACUGCAGUCAAGUGAUCAAUACAAUUAUUGCUACAUGCACUGAUAACAGUGACAAACACUUGUCUUCAAAUUCCUGCCCAGGAUUUGUGACAAAAGACGUUAUGCAAAGUUUGAGCUAGUCUUUAGGUUGAAUUUGUAAGAAAGAGUAUGACAUUAGUUUUGCAAAGUUAGCCAGGACUGUUUUUUUCUCUCAAGAAAGAGUGUCGUCUAUAAUCAUAUGUACAUGUAUGUUGAUUUAUUUAGUUAAGCUAAUUUUUUUCUGAUGGCAUUUUUCUGUACAUCAUUCAAUUAAAUUUUUCCUCUCUAUGAACUAGUUUCAUUGUCUACUUAUGAUGUUUUUUUAAUAUGAAAUAUGUCCAGGAAUAAACUUGUUACUAAGAUCAA